AGAUAUAGGCAAACGUACAGCAACGUCACGUUUUUCUCUUUCUCUUUUAUAAGUAAGUAUGCCUGUUUUUGCUCUGCUUGUAGCUUGUAGCUCUCGUUCACGUACAGGCGGCCUCGUGUCGUGUCGUGCUUUAGCAUCUUGAGCGUAAGGCAAGGAAUAGCCGGGACAAGUCAAGGAGUGCCUUUUUACCGUACCUAACACUAGAACUGCCCCGUAAAGGAAGGUAGAGUAAGCUGAGUAUAAGUAGGUACUUUGUUAACAUUGUACGACGUGCGCGUGCGAGACACGACGACGGCGCGCCGCAGCACAGCAGCAGCAGGUUAAGUGAGUCCACGAGUACAGCAGCAGCAGUAGCAGGUAGUAAAUAGCAACAAAGCAACCAUGGCAGACCUGGACGAUUUCUUUGCGAAAAAAGAUCGCAAAAAAGCAAAGGGAAAAAAGUUCACGACGACCGAUGAGAUAGCUCGCAAGCUUGAGGAGACUGGCAAGAAGACCCUCGAGAAGCCCAAGCCCAAAGAGAAGCCGGAAAAUUCCGAAGGCAACGACGACAAUCAGCAGAUCGAGGAGGAAGACGAGUGGAAGGAAUUCAAGGAGGAAAAGAAGGAUUACUCGGGUCUGAAAAUUGGAAACCUUACUGUGAGCGAGACAAAUGACCGAGACGUCGAUGAUGAUAGAGGAACUGGAGAAAACGCUUCCGAUCAGGAGUCAGGAGAGCUCAAUAAGAAUUCCGGUCCAUGGAAAAAGACUGAUAAUCCACCACCUCCAGCACCAGAACCCGAACCAGCACAACAAUCUUCCAAGGUAGUUGGUGGUGUUUACAGACCACCAGGCCUCAGGAAUCCACAACCCGAUGCUCCACUGCGUCGCCACAGAGCAAAGAAUGUAGCUCCUGACAUCAACAGUGAAGAAUACUUCCCAACAUUAAAUGCCAAGCCUGCAACAAACGAUGUGGCUGGAGUAUGGGGCAAAAAGAAAAAGGAUGAAGGAAAUUUUGAAGAAGUUCGUAAUCGAGGGGGCACUCGAACUUACAAUACGCCAGAAGCUCAGGACCAAGCUCCUAAAUUGUCGUUAGGAAACAAAUACGGGGCGCUAUCGCAAGAUCAAAGCUGAAAGCAACAAAUACCGUCUAAUCGAUCGAUAACCAUAUACGUUACCGCCUCGCUCCGUUUCGUGGCCCAGCUGCGCCAUAGACACAUACUUUUAGGCUAAAUAAUUGCAUACCGUUUGUGCAUACAUAUACAUAUAUUUAUUGACAAUUUUUUUCUUUCACUCUCUUUUUGAAAAUUCGCUACUCAAUCGUUGGAUGUUUUCAAUUUUCUCUCGAAAGUCGGUGAGAAAAUUGCUAGUACUAUUACAAAUCGUAUCAAAAUAUGUCGCGAGUUUUGAUAAAUAAAAGUAUAUACUUAGAAGAAAUCUAUUUACGUUUGUGCGAUAUGUCGCUCACGAAAUUAUAUCAAAAAAAGAGCGAAGUCAUUGCAUUUGUCAACGAAAGCAAAAGUCUUUAAUAGUUAAGUAAUAAAAAAUCUCUGUAAAAAAUAUUCUAUCAUCUUGAAUUACAGUGAGAUUCCGAGGCUGGGCUUCGGAGCGGUGCCGUUAACGCAAACAGUGUUUAAAAGUCAAAGUAAAAGCAAACAAUAUUAUUAUCAUUGUCGAAGGAAAGAGAAGUGCUGACGAAAAUGAUGAAAAUAUAAGGACAAUUUAUAUAUAUAUACAUAUAUAAAAAAGAAAAAGUAACGUGUGUAUGCUUUUGUUGAUGCUUGUUUGAUUAUGUUUGUUAGGUUAGUACCUUUGUUUUUUUUCUUCAUUCACAGUAAGGAGAAACAGGAGCAAGUAAAGAAGAGGAAGGAUGAUUAGGAAAAGAAAAAAAGAACUUGCUUUUGAAAAACUGUUGAGGUGCUAAGUGAGGGUUAAGUUUCUGAUUAGGUAGCCGAAAUGAGUUUUUGUACAGUGCAAGAUGAAAAAAAUUGUGAUUAUUUGUAAAUUCCUAAGAAAAAAAUCAAGUUUGUUGAAGAACUGCCUGAUUCACAAGCAUUUCAACGUUGUAAAUCCUUGUGCGCGUAUAGUACCUCAUUGGGAUCAUCUCGAGCAAAAAAGCAACUGUAUAGAGUUAAACGAAAUAAAAAACAAAAAUAAAGGAAAGAAAGAACAAAAUGAGCAAAUUGUUCAAGUACGUAUUAUUUCAAAUGUGGAUUUCAUGCAAUGAUACUUAUCCGACUUUUUUGCAACGAGAUUGUCGCUGUGCAUUUACGAGCGGACGGGUUUUGCUAAGAUUUUUUCGCAAACUUUUGUAUGACUUCUCAAUGUUUAAAUUAAACUAAUUGUUAUCUCAUAAAAAAGAGUUACAUACGUCUAUACAGCACAUUUACUCUUUUUUAUCGGAUAGACGAUAUAACAUUCGAUAUACAUAAUAUAUCCUUUAGUGAGUGUUUUAGAUAAAUUUUUUUUACCGAGUCCUUCCUCAAGUCGUUGUCAUAUUAUAGUUUGUAAAUUAUUUACUCGACGUGGUCAACGCGCUAAGAACUCGAACUACUAAUUAUACAAAUGUUGUAUACAAUGAGUAUACUAAUAUUGAACAAAAAUAAAAAAGUUUGUGUGUUGCAAGAUGCGCCUUUUGUUACAGAGCGGGGUUUGUAAUUUUAACGCCAUACUUACGAGUUGAAAGAAAAAAUUUAAAAAAUAAAAAUUGCCACUACCAUAAAGGGAGAUCGAUUAUAUGUAUGCGUUUUUACGAAUCGUGAGUA